GGACCAAUCAAGUUUGACCCAAUGCCAUAGCGAAAUAUAACUCCAAUUUUCACUUUGAAAAUAAAAAGUACUUUUUUUUUUCAAAGUACUCACAAUUUUCAUGGCCCCACAUACAGAAAUUUUCAGAGACACUUUUGGCAAUUCUUUUCACAUGGUCCCCUCCCCCGGUCAUUGUGUCCCUUGUGCACCACACAAAAAAGGGAAACUCCACUCUGUAGUCUUUUUCCUCUUUUACCAUUGUAUGUCACGAUUACUCUCAAAUUUGAGAAAAGCAAAAAUAAUAAAGACAAAGUAUUACUCCAUUGUUAAAAGCACCAGCCACCCAACAUACUCAAAACAUAGCCUUCAUUUUCUUUACCCCAUUUCACCCAUGCUUCUCAUCAUCUUACUUUAAUCAAUUCCUUUAAAAUCCUUCAAUUUUUCCCGUCUUUUCCUCACAAUUAGCUUCUUGUAUACUCAAAAACAGUCAUUCUGUUGUCUUUUUCCUAACUUUAUGAGCUAAGGACCAUUUUCUUGAAUAAUCAGAACCAGCCAUAUUACUCUACUAAAUGCUUCAAAAUCUCCAUCUUUUCUUCAACUUUGAGCUCAAAAGUGUUACUUGAAAUGCUUCAAAAGUUCCAUUUUUACUUCAAUUUUUGAGCUCAAAAAAGUUACUUGAAAUGCUUCAAAAGUCCCAUCUUUAUUUUUCAAUCUUUGAGCUCAAAAGAGUUUCUUGAAAUGCUUUCCUUCAAUCUUUGAACUCAAAAGUGUUUCUUGAAAUGCUUUAAAAGUUCAUCUUUUUCUCAUUCUGUGCUAAAAGAGAAUUUAUUUAUUUUUUGGAUAAAGGGGGACUGAAAAAGUGCCAAACUUUUAAUGCAGAACAUAAAGAAUGCCACAAUUUUUCUUAGUUAUCUUAAUCUUUGAGCUGAAAGACACUUUUUUGGAUAAAGGGUGCUGGGAAGUUUCAACUUUUUAACACUUCUCAUCCUGAAUUUUGAUGAAUAUCCUUAAAUUCUCAAUAUGUAAACAGGACAGUUUUUUGGUUAGUGGGUGUUGAUAAAUGCCUAAUACAACAACAACAACAAACCCAAUAUAUUCCCACUUAGUGGGGUUUGGGGAGGGUAGAAUGUACGCGGUCCAUACCACUACCUCUAAAGAAGUAGAGAGGUUGUUUCCGAUAAAUGCCUAAUCUUUGAGCUAAUACAGCUGACACAGAGGCAAAUGUUAGUGUCCAUAAUACUGGUUCCUGCCGCCACCGUGGCCGUCGACAACGACAAUGGCCAUCCAUGGCGGCAGGCAGUGAGACAACAACAACUGAUGGGAGUUUCCACUUGACUGAUUCUGACUCUGACCAGUCUUGGCACUCACCUUUAUGCUCUAUGGGUGGUAUUUCAGUACAUUGUGAUGAAGAGAUUGAUUUGGAGAGUGGUGAGAUGGAGAUGAAGUUGCUUGAUAGUAAUAAAGAAGAGAGGGAUUGUAGGAUUUGUCAUUUGAGUUUGUUGAAAAGCGGUGGGAUUAGUACUGGUGGAGACCAAGUACAAGAGACUUCAGUAGGGAUGGCUAUUGAAUUGGGAUGUUCUUGCAAAGGUGACUUGGCUGCUGCUCACAAGCAAUGUGCUGAGACUUGGUUCAAAACCAAGGGAAACACAAUUUGUGAAAUCUGUGGUACCAAUGCAUUGAACAUUGCUGGAGAGCUGACAAAUGAAGCUAAUAAUGCUGCAGUAGCCACUCUUGCAGCGUCCGCAGCACCUGUAGCUUUUUCUGAAGCCAGAAGCUUUUGGCAUGGGCGUCGUGUCAUGAAUUUUCUACUUGCAUCCAUGGUUUUUGCCUUUGUCAUCUCAUGGCUUUUUCACUUCAAUAUAUUGCCUUAUUUGCUACUGAAGAUUGUGCUGGCAGCUACAACGCAGUCUUUAUUAUUUGGAUUCAGCAUGACUGUCAUUCUACCGCAACUCCGCCUUCAUCCGGGCUUAUGACUUGUAGAUAUGUUUUCUUAACUCGCAAUAUUAACAGCUCUACCCAAGGAAAUUCCUGAUGCUGAGUUACAUGCCUACAUCUAGGCAGAGGAAUAUUCAGAUAUUUUCUUAGUUACACAGGUUUAUGAAAGAUUGGAAGCUAUCUGGCAUCCAGUGUAGGCUGUGGUAAACAUGUCAGAUAUAUAUAGGGUUUCAGCCAUUUACUUCCCGAUCUUGCAUCGAUGAUGAUUAUUGGCUAGAAUAGAAGAUAGUUUUGUUCAUCUUUAAAGUUCUUCCCAGCUACUGUACCUAUGUAAGUAUGUAUAGAAGACUAGAAGUACGUCGACAAAGCAGUGUGUAUCAUCCUUGAAAUUUCUGUACAAACGUCACAUGGCUCUUGGUUGAAGUGUAGCUAUGUUAAUUGUGUUAGCACCUAAACAUUUUCUUUGAUAACAGUGUGUUCAGGCGAGCUUAGGCUCAUCGCGAUUACUCCA